AAUAACAGCCUACUUCCAUUUCCUUCACUUUAAAUGUUGCUCAUAGUGUAACGAGGUUGUUUUGGGCUUUUAACGCGACUAAACUGUUCUUUUUGCCUAUUACUCUUCAGAUAUGUAUGUACGACCACAUCUCGUCGUGUUUCUGUGGUGUGCGAUGUUAACUGAAGGGCUGACAGAAGGCAGGCGCCUGCGCACGAGACGCGGCGUCUGUGAGAACGGGACUUACCAGCACGAGGGAAGAAGUUGCUGCUUUUGUCAGACAGGUCAUCGGUUCUUAAGUCACUGCACUGAUAAACAUGACACAAAAUGUGAGUGGUGUGGGCAUGGCACCUAUAUAGAUCACCCGAACAAUGAUGACAAAUGCCAGCCUUGUCAAAUCUGUGAUUCCAAUGCAAACAUGGACACAAUGCUGAACUGUUCGUCAUCUUCCAACACUGUCUGCAGGUGCAAAGACAAUUAUUACUGUGACAAGGGUGACCUGUGCAAGGCCUGUUAUCCCUGUGACACGUGUGAGAAACAUGGAGUGAAAGAAAAAUGUACAGAAACCACCAACACUGUGUGCCAUGAUGCCAAAGAGCCCGUACAUCUGCAAGUGGUCAUUGUAGCUGUUUUGGUGUCAUUCAUACUUGUGGCUGGUGUUGGUGUGGUGGUCUUUUGGCUAUGUAGAAAACGCAAGUAUCGUUUUAAGGGCAGACCGAUCGAACCAGCAGUACACCUGACAGAUUUAGACCUGGACCCUUACCUACUAGAUAUUGUUGAAGUUCUGGACUGGAAAACAGUGAAACGUGUUGCCAGGCGCAGCGGCAUGAGAAAUACGGAAAUUGAGGAACAUGAGCUUAACAACAAAAACGAUGUGAAAGAACAGAAAUACACACUUCUGCAGGCUUGGUCCCAGAGACAAGGUUUACGUGGAGCCUACCCAGCUCUCAUCAAAACUCUGCAUGAAAUGAAGCAACGAAAAACAGCAGAUGAGAUCCAGACAAUUGUUGAGAAAGGACAGACUGAAUGAGGUGUGAAUUAAAAAUGCAAGAUGUUAAAAUGUAGGACUUUGCCUUGAAAUUAGAUAUGGAGGAAUAUAGAUAGCAUUUCUAAAUAACAGCCAUAUUGUGAUUUUCUUUUUUUCUUGCUUAAAUAAUGUUGAUCAUUUAAAAACUAAAAUUACAGAUAUUAAUUGCUUGCUAUAUUUGGUCAUUGACAGGUCAUAUAUAGGUCAUUUUAGAAUGAUCUGUAAAGUCAAACAGUUGGAGUCAUUCAAUCUUGUUUCAGUGUCAAAUUCUCUUUUCUCUCAGUAUACCUCCACCCUGAUUUUAUUUGAUAAUACAAUGUUAUUUUUAAUGACUUUUUGUUUAUACUCAGGGCUCACAAAAUCGCUAGCCUAACAUCACAGGGCUAUUGUGUUUUCCAGUCAAGCUACCAAAAUGUAUCACCGCAAUCUUAAAUACAGGGUUCCCACGGGUCCUUAAAAAGUCUUUAAUGCAGUUAUUUAAUUUCAGUCAGAACAGUCUCUAAUGAGGGAUCUAUGUUUACAUUUCUGUGCCAUUGAAUAUGCAUUUUCAAUAAGUCUGCUAUUUAGAUCAAUGCGAAUAUCGACCCUUGUUUUUACGCAGCAAACACAGAGUUGUAAAUGUGAAAGAAUGUACCUUCUAAAUAUCUAAACAAUUAAGACAAACUUAUAAUAUAUUUAUAUGCUUAAGUAAAUUUAUAUGCUAGGCAAAUUCAUUUCGGACUACCAAAAUCUGAAGAAUGCCUGCCUGAAGGGCUACCAGGGAUUUUUAAAUUUUGCGAGCCCUGCAAUGCCAUCUGUAAAUGCUGGGUCACUUCACUUGAAAUGAUGAAAGAUGAUGUUUUAAAGGUGACAUAUCAUGAAAAUCUGACUUUUCCAGGUUUUAAGUGCUAUAAUCAGGUCCC